ACAGUGGGCUCACAAAUUGGUUUGCUAAAUCGCAUAAUAUUUGUUGAUUCAUUUCGCAGAAUUGAACGUUUUUAUUUCUGCAAGGUUAAAAUUGACUUUGAACUCUUUAGAUUAUUAUUAUUGCGUUUACUAAGAAUAUAUAGAAGUGCACAAAAUGGGAGCCAGUCCCUCUAGUUUUCGUGUAGAUGAAGCCAACCCUUUGCACUACUCGUACGCCAAAGUUCUUGAGAAAGAGGGUGAACCGAGAGAAAGUUUCACUUUAUAUCAAGUGACUUCGUGCCGAUUUGAAGCCGUCUUGAACUCUGAUAGGCAUCCAAAAUGCUUCAGUCUUUUCAGAAUGGAUGAGGAAAAAGCAGCAAGAGAAAAAUUCAGAUACCUUUAUAAAAACCUAGCACCAUUUUACCAGAGCUCAACUAGAUGCCUCAAUGCUGGUACAUUGCAAGAGGUAAUUACAUGCAUUGAGCAACAUCCUGAUUGGUCACUAGCGCAAGUUGCAAAAAGCCUGGAUCUGCCUGAAUGUCUGAAGCAUGAUGAUAUAGCGGCAUCGGAGAAGGACAACAAUGCCACACCUCUUCACUUAGCUGUCAGGAGUGGAAAAGUUGACUUUAUCCAGAAAGCAAUAAGAGAUUUUGAUCCUUCAAGCUUAGUGAAAGAUAAACUUGGUAACACACCCCUCCAUUAUGCUGCAGAAAACUACCCAGAGAUCCUGACAUCUGUUAUUCAAAAGGCUCAAUUACUACAUGGACAACUAGUGGAUGUCAUCAAUUCACGUAACAAAGAUGACCAGACGGCACUGGAUGUCGCAUGCAGGUUUACUCAAGAUGAAGGUGUCCGUGUCUUGUUGGAAGCUGGUGCUGAUGUCAAUCAUGUCAAUGGCUAUGCCUUGCCAAUACACACAGCAUUGAAAGCAAAUGGGACCCGUUGUGCUUCUCUCCUAAUCGACUUCCACCCAGAACUAAUCUCGGCACGUGACCUAAAGUACGGUGGCUCUCCUCUUCACUGGGUGAAAACCAAGGAGGCUGUUGAGAUACUUCUGGAAAAAGGCGCCGAUAUGGAAAGCAGAAACAAUGCGGGGGAGACCGCCCUGCAUGUCAUGGCGCGUCGACGGCGCGUGGCAUGCAUUGUAGCACUGCUGGCCCAUGGUGUCGCGGUCGAUGCUGCGUGCAGCGAGGGAUGCACCGCUCUACACGUCGCAGCCGAGGUAGACGACCCGGAUAUCGUACGCGCCCUGAUUGUUUUUGGCGCCAACAUCAACGUGACGAACCACUCCCACCAUACGCCACGUCACAUCGCUACGGCUGGCCGCCGCCAGCGCUGGGUUGAAGUUGUCGAGGCACUCGGGUUCGUGGGGGCCGGACCCUGUGACACACGUCAAUCAGGGUGCACGUUGGAAUGCAGCAAGACUUUCCAGGGAACCGUCACAAUAGGGGUUACCCCGAAUCAGGUGACUUCCGGUUUAUUUGGGCUCCCUGUGUAUGAAGAUCUCUUCAGAUUGGCUGCAGCAGCCGCUGUAUUAGGAUCAGGAAAAGGGAAAGAUGCGGUGGAUGGUAAAAGCGUGAAGAGUGCCUCUUCUAUUUAUAAACAGAAACACAAGAAAGACGCCAUCUUGACUUUGGACGGGGGUGGGAUUAGGGGCCUGGUACUUACUCAAUUACUGUCUGCAAUAGAGGAAGUCAGCGGUCAAUCUAUCAAUAGCCUUUUUGACUGGAUAAGCGGGACCAGCAUUGGUGGCAUCAUUGCCCUUGCCCUCGUUCAUGGUAAAUCAGUGUCAUUCUGUCAAGGCUUCCUGUUUCGUAUGAAGGACAAAGUGUUCAAAGGUCCCCGGCCUUACGACACAGAGCCCCUGGAGAAACUCCUCCAAGAAACCUUUGGCGAGAACACAAAAAUGACAGCUGUCACUCAUCCAAAGACGUUAGUGACCGCUGUCUUAGCUGAUCGUCGUCCGGCGACUCUGUACUUCUUCCGCAACUAUAAUAUGCCAGAAGAUCUAGAGCCCAUCCGCAAAAAUAACCCCUUCCCUCCCCCUCCCGUACCAGCAGUGCAACAAGUCUGGCGAGCAGCUCGUGGUUCCGGUGCCGCUCCUACAUUUUUCCGCGCCAUGGGCAGGUUUCUAGACGGGGGUCUCAUCGCAAAUAACCCAACAUUGGAUGUUCUCUCAGAGGUCCACAAGUACUACUGCGUGCAUGAGCCCCACAACAAAAAAGGACCAGGGAACUCUAACAUAGGCUUGGUUGUGUCCCUUGGCACUGGUGUCCCUCCCCCUGAGCAUGUCCCCACUUUUGACGUGUUCAAGCCCGAGACCAUGUGGGAUGCAACGAAUGUACUGCUCGGCGCACGCGCACUAGGACUGUUAAUGGUGGACCAGGCCACUGCUACCAAUGGAGCCGUUGUAGACCGCGCCAGGGCAUGGUGCGAGAUGAUUGGCUCCCAAUACUUCCGGUUCAGUUCGCCGAUGUCGGCUGAUGUCGGCUUAGACGAGACUGAUGAUCGCAUAUUGGUUAAGAUGUUGUGGGAGACGAGAGUCUAUAUCCUUCAAAAUCUUAAAGAGUUCAAAAAGGCUUCGGAGGCUUUGACGUAAAAAACCGCUUCGUAAGUAAACCCUUAUGUAUUUCGGAAUUCUAUUUUCUCUGGCGAAGUAUGGGUAGGCGGUAAGAUGUUUACCGCGCUAGUGAAAAGAAGACGCAAGGGGAAAAGGAAGUGGAGGAAGAAACGUGACGGUUCCUUUUCUCUUCUUUCUCCGUCUACGCUUACUCCACGUUCGUGUACUCUCCAAGCGCUCAUCAGCUAAUUAGCGUACUUUCUCCGUCACUGUUUCAUUUGCCAGUAAAAAUCCGACUCGCGGGGAUGAAUGGCUGGUAAAUUGAUUUUUGGAGUGCAAAACCCUUAUAUCCAGGAGUAGUCUAAAAGAAAGGAGAGCUUUCAUACGACAUUUAACGAAUUAAGUAAGGCAGCGCAAAAUUAAAAUAUAAUGACCUUACGAAGAAUUAUGUGUGAUAUGGUGAUAUCUUCACUCAUGUGGCUCUCGGUGAUCUAAAACAUCUAAAUGCCCCUAGUUUAGCAAGUAUGCAAGGGGAGUUUGGACCGGAACCUCAGCAAUGUCUCGUCGAUCCAGCCCUAAAGUCCGGCUGAGAUCAUUCAUUUUGCAUAGGGUACCAUAUAGCCUACGAAACCACGUGUCACACAAGUCGGGUAAACGGACUUUAAACAUCGCAGUGUGGCUUCCUGGGAAUUAGAUUUUGAGCGCAGGAGAAAAGAGGCCUUUUUCAAAAUCGAACGCGAAGAGACUUGGAGUUAAAUAAGAACACAUAUUUAACGCUUUUUUCAAGAUAAUUUAGAUUAAAGAGCAGAAAGUGGUAGCUUUAGUCAUAGAUAGGUAUAUAAUAUAUUUGAUUACCUUACCUACAGUACCAGUCACCAUUUAAAAUGUUUUGAUUAAUAAUUUUAUAUAUACCAUACAAUUAAAUUGAAUAAGCAUGCAAUGAUAAAAGUAUAAUGAUUGCCUUUUAUUUGGUAAUUCAAAUUUCAGUUAUAUAAGGGAUAAAAUUUGGGAACUGGAUGAAUAUAAUCAAUCUUUAUGAAAAUGAAUCUUGGUGUUUAUAUUAAUGCCACUUAUGCAAUUUAUUAAUUUGACAUAUAAUUAUGUAAUUUUACCCUAUUUAAAUUGCCAAUAAAGUGUUAAUAAAAAAUGAAA